AUGACUUGCACAAUUUCACUUCGCAGGCCAUAUUACUGUGGUGUUGGUGCUUGUCAGGUUUAUGGUCGAGAUUUGGUCGAAGCACACUAUCGGGCUUGUCUGUAUGCUGGUUUAGACAUUGGUGGUACUAAUGCUGAAGUAAUGCCUAGCCAAUGGGAAUAUCAAAUCGGUCCAACAUUAGGUAUUGCUGCUAGUGAUCAGUUGUGGAUAAGUCGUUAUAUUCUGCAAAGAAUCGCAGAAGAAUACGGAAUCCAGGCAACGUUCGACCCAAAACCCAUAGAUAUUGGUGACUGGAACGGAGCUGGAUGCCAUACAAAUUUGUCAGUGGAGGAAAUGCGAAAACCGGGUGGAAUCAAGUGA